AUGUACCUCUCGUACAUCCAACACGUUGGUUGUCCGACUCGUUUGCUCACACUCAUUCCCGUUGGUCCGAAUUUGAAUUGUCCUGAUUGUAAUGCAGCUUAUACGGAGGAACCGACAUGGACGAACAAUCCGGUUCCAUGCCCAUUUAUAGAACAGGUUAACGCGCGUUGUGCGCUCGUCAUAAAGCCAACACAUGGAUUUUUUCAGUCAUACAAAAUAGGAGAUGAUUUGCAUAUUGGAAUAUCAGACUCGAGGUCUGUGAUACACUCAUAUUGGACGAAUGGAAUUGUUGCUCAAGACACUUCAUGGGACAAAUCGAUACUGGUCUACGACUUUCUGCCAUUCUUCCAGAAUAAUGCUGAAUGGUUCGAUAGCACAUUGACAAAUUUCAUCCAGCAAACCGCCGAUAAAUUUAAAAUUGAGAUGGCUGAUUGCCUUGAAGAUUUGGAAUCAGUGGAUACCGACCGGAUAGUUGAUCAAUGCAGCUUCCAGUCAAGCCAAUUUGAAGUAUUUACGCAUGAUUAUCGCGAAAAUGGCGAAACUGCGUGCAAAGCAGAUUCUGAUGAAGGCGAUCACACGAAUUGCAAGCACGCCGACGAAGAAAUCAAAAAAUCGAAAAAGGAGAUGGUGAAUUUGACGCGAAAAUUGCAAAGAGCCCUUAAUUAUCUGGAAAUGUCCCCUGACAAUUCGCCAAUCAAGGAUCUACUCCAGGCGCUGCGUGAUGUUAAUAGAAAACUACGCGACGCGAUUCUCCGAGAAAACGCCGAGUUCUCGUCGACGACUGUCGAUUUGCCGGAAUACGAUAGUGUCGAUAUGAAGGCUUUUCUAGGGACCGAUGAGGUCCCAGAACAGAAAUCAAUGCUUGAGAAUGUAAAAGAGCAACGGCGGAAGUCGAGAGAAGAACUGGAGCAUAUAAUGGGGGAGGCGGAGAUACUCCUCCAGGAAUAUGAUCAUAUUCGGCGCGGCCUUUCAAAUAAAUAA